UUCUAUUGUCAUACAGAUUCUAGUACCUUUGGAUUCAUUGACCCAGACCUUAUUCUUCAAGGUGCUCAUCUAAUCCUGCAAUUCUCCAAGGGUACUGUCCAGACACUCUUACCUUCAUCCCUUACUUGCCAACCCAAAGAUAAGAACAAAGAUUACAAAUUUUACUUUGUAAACAUAUUCAUUAAUAGGGACAUGUUCAUGUACUAUCAAGGCAGAGGAAUCAGACACAAAAGU